AUGUCAAACAAUUCAUUUAAAACUUUUCAACAACUUUCUCAACAGAAUUCAAGAAAAACAAAAAGAUAUGAAAAUUUAUUAAAAAUGAAGAAAACUUCAGAAGAAUUAGCAGAAUAUUUUGAUCAAUUGGCUUUACAAAUUCAACAGUUAAAUGAAGGAUGUGAAGUUAUUGGUAAUGUGCUUCGUAAUUGGCAGAAUGUAUUUAACUUUGUUCAACCUGAAAAUAUUACAGCUCAAAACUAUUCAAAGAUCACUUUAAAGAAACCUGAUUCUUCUAAUAAUGACAUUUCUAAUGUAUAA